GCUAAUCUUAGAUGUUAUUAGAUGGUCAUUUAGGCAGUAUCACGCGUUAAAUUGUUUAUUCAGUUACUAUAAUAAUUAAACUGUAGUCAGGGUCUAUUACGUCGACGGAAGUAUGCUCGGAACGUUUGUAUGAUACAGUCGCUGAAGUUGGUUGGUUCUAUUUUGCAAUUAUAUCGUAAAGGACAAGCAUCUAACUGAGUCGCACAUUAGGAAACAACGUAUGAGUAAUACCGUUACAGAAAACACACCACGUCUUUCUCUCUCGCUCUCUCGCUCUCUUUGGUCUUCUGCAAUUCAUCUUGUGAAACCUGCGUGUCCUUCAUAAUCCUGCGCACUCAAUUAGCGAUUUCGGUCGCUUGAUGGUGCUCUAACCGAGGGAUAUUGUUCAGUGUGUCCGUUCGUCCACCCAGCGUGAAGAGGUGCAUUAUAGCCAUUCACCAUGGACUCGAAAGGUGUUGAUCGUGGGGUGAGGCAUCAGCAGAGUUCAGAAUCUCCUCCCACGCUACCCUCGCCCCUUCCAUAUAGCUCGGGAUUCGCUGCGGAUGACAUCCACAAUAGACACAGGAGUGGCAUCGUCUUACGCAGGUCGCCAUCUCCUUCAUCGGCAUCAGAAAUACACAAAAGCAACAAAUUGUCUAAGGGUGAAUCUCCUGUGGAACGGCGGAGAAAAAAAAGAAGCCAGUCCAGAUCUUCAUCGACGCGGUCACAUAGACGUUCUAGAUCAAGAGAUAAAGACAAGAAUAGGGAAGUAUAUAAGGAAAGGUCUAGGAAGCACGCGAGAAGGGAUAGAUUCUCGAGGUCUGGAUCAAGGGAAAGGUCAAGAUCAAACGAACGCAGGCGCAGUAGAAGCCGAAAUAAAAGUAGAGACAGAUUCAGGCAUAGGGAUAGCAGGAGGCAUCAUAGAACAGUAUUAUAUGAGUCUAAUGCGCUACAAGAUGUUGCGGAACCUGUUCUCUCACAGCCUUACAGUUCCAUGCAGCCGAAUGCAUUUAAAAAUGAUGGUAGCUUCAUGGAGAUGUUCAAAAAAAUGCAGGAACAAAUGCAGCCAGUUAGUACACCACAGCCAUUAGCCAGCUCUUCUUUCUCUCUAGCUACCUCGUCAGCCUCUGUUCUUUAUGAAAAAACUAUUCCUCCUCCCCCGCUCAUGGUCGGCAAAAGACGAGGAGGAAGAAUUCUGAAGACCGGAAUGGUUGCCAAACCGAAGAGUGAGCCCAUCACUGAUCAACCGAAAGAUGCCUGGUCGCUUUAUAUGGCAGAGGUGAAGAAGUAUCGUGAAGUGUGCUGUCAAGAAGAAGAUAAUACCAGACCAUUGGUCAAAUAAAUAUACAUGUCUGUCGCUUUGACUUUAUUAUUUUAUUCAUUAUUAAAAUACAGGAAAGCAUUGAAAACAAA